AUGAGUCAUUCAAGUGGUAUCGCUGCUUCACCAGCUUUAAUUAGUACAUUCGGUGAUGCAAAUUUAAAUAACACACGUUUCAUUAAAGUUUCAAUUCAAGAUGAGGUUUUGGUUGCUGUAUCUACUGUUGAUAUCGAUGGAACUUUUGAAUCUGAUUUGGAUAAAGUACCAACUUUAUUGGAAAAGGAUCAUGCUUGUUAUGUUUUAGCAAAGACUGAUGAAAAGAGUAUUGAAUUGAGUGGAAACAAUUGGGUAUUCAUGUUUUACGUUCCAGAUAUUGCCAAGGUUCGUGAGAAGAUGACUUAUGCUUCGACUCGUGCCAACUUAAAGAAGGAAUUGGGAUCAUCUCAUUUCGUAGACGAAAUCUAUUCAUCCAAUCAAAGUGAUUUCACAUCGAAAGGAUAUAAAGCACAUAAAGUACAUCAAGGUUCAUCUGCACCAUUGACUUGGGAGGAACAACAGAGAGCCGACGAGCGUGAAGGUGGUCUAUUUGUUGGUGGCGGUGGUAUGUAUGUACACGGUGUCGCUUUCCCAGUGGAGGAGCGUGCCGUCGCUGCCAUCGGUGAGCUGCUCUCGGGUAGCGUCAACUACGUUGCGCUCUCCAUUAACAUUGCCGACGAGAAGAUCGUCUUCCAGUCGUCGUCGAGCAUCGAUAUCGAGCAACUCUCGACCAAGGUGCCACUGGACGAACCACGUUUCCACUUUUUCCGUUAUGCACACGAGCACGAAGGUGAACAGUUGAACACCCUCAUCUAUGUAUUCUCGUGUCCCGACGGUUCGAACGGCACCAAGAGUGCACCGGUCAAGAUGAGAAUGUUGUACUCUUCGAGCAAAGCCAACGUCGAGUCACUCGUCACCAGACAAAACACCAAAGUCGAUCUCAAGCUCGAAGUAAACAACGGUAGCGAACUCUCAAAGUCUGCAAUCGACAGCGAAUUGCACCCACCAAAACCAGAAGAAAAGAAGUCUUUUGCCAAGCCAACUCGUCCAGGUGCUGGUUCACGUAAACUUAUCAAAUAA